ACAUGGUUUGGCUUUCUUUGUGAUAAGGACAUGCCAAAUGACCAACUCGAUACAAUGGAUAAUGCUAAUACGCAAAGGGAUCCUGAGGAAACUCGAGAAGAAUCAAACAAUGAUGAAUCUAUUGUCGAUGAACCCACAACGGUCGAAGAUGAACCACCGGAGUCUACUAAUACAACGAUGGCGUCUACAACUGCUACGGCGGUGUCUACGAGUACAGCGACGGUGCCUACUUCUAACAUGUACCAAGGUAGGAAAAGACAACGUCGCAAUGAUGCUGCUGAUACUGCACAAAAUCAAAUGCUAAUUGAUGCAUACUCCAUUUUGAAAAAGACAUCGGCUACUCCUACUGACCACUAUGAAACGUUUGGAAUGCAUGUUGCAAGUGAACUCAGGAAAUAUGACAGCAACACUCUUCCUCAUGUGAAGAGGGCAAUAUUAGAUGUGUUGUUCAGAGCAGAUAUCGGAGAAUUUACCCCCAAUCACAACGUCCGUAACACUGCUGGGUACUACAGUUCAAAUUUCACUACACCGACUUCGUCUCGAGAUAGUUACCCUCCAACUCCUACUCCUUCAAAUUCCCAAUGUAUACUUGUUCAGGACCUUGAUUCAAGGCCUCCACAACAAGAAGACACCUUAGUAACCUACUUGACUAACAUAAAUCCUGAAAUUUUAAAUCCUGAAGAAAUGUAAUAACAUGACAUGUUGUUAUAUGCAAGCUACAUUGUUUAACAUUACAAUAUAUUGAUUUUUUGAAGUAAAUUGUUUUCUUACCUUUAUGUAGUCCCUUAGGGCUUCAAUAAGUGCAUCACAUACUUCUGGAACAAUCACAGAUAUUCGUUGUUUG